AAAGCUCCUGCAAGGUUAUUGGCCAUCAUUUUUUUCUGUUUGAGGUGUGGGGAGAUUUGACUCCCCAAUGUUAAGUGCAGUCCAAAUGACCGAUACAAUGUCUAGGCGUCCCUACCCCAAUAUAAAUGUAUCCGCCUCCCAAACUCACAAAGAUGUAACAGAUGAACGAUAUCGAGAUCUACGACGGCCUAGGAAGGUCAGAUUUUUCGUCAAUGGCGACAGGUACUUUAAGGGCAAGAAACUGUACAUUACUCCUCAUCGGUAUUUCAAUUUCAACGAUCUGUUGAAUGACUUAACAGGGAAAUUGCCAUCGAAUUUGAACCUUCCAUAUGGAGUGCGUCAGAUUUUUACACCCGUGAGUGGAAGAAGGGUUACAGAAAUCGAAGACUUGGCGGACGGAGAAAACUAUGUCUGCGCUGGAUUUGAGGGAUUUAAGAUCAUCAAGUAUGGCAAGGCAGAGCUGGAACCAUGGUCUGUGGAACAAAGCAGAAGAAUUCAAAAUGCUCGACCACACAACCAUGACUUUGGAGAAACGGAAUCAAACGUGGGACCUCAUCAUGGGGCAUAUGGGAGAAAUAGGGGAAUGUAUGGAAGUAACGCAUUUCACCCAGGGCGGUUCUUCCAUGGAACUCAACCACAUCGACGCUGGGCAGGGACAUUUGGCCAUGCCAACAGAAACACAUACUUACCAAAUGCUGAUAACAUUCCACUCAAGCCAAAAGUUGUCACAAUAGUCAGAAAUGGACACAAACCACGAAAUAAUGUGAAAAUUCUCCUCAACAGGAGAAGUGUGCAGUCAUUUGAGCAACUUAUGGCCGAUAUUUCUGAGGCCUUUGGACCAAAAUAUAAAAAUAACAAAGUGAAGAAACUGUUUUCAAUUCGUGGGAGGGAAGUUCAAGGAAUUUCGGACUUUUUCCGUGAUGAUGAUGUGUUUAUUGGGGUGGGUACAGAAUCUCUUACUGAUUCAGACAUUGUUGAUAUUGUGGAGGAGGUGUAUCCUGACAGCUCAAUGGCAAAAAGUGUUCUGAGAGAGCUGGAGAGAAAUAAGCGUAAACACAGGAACCUUGCAAAACAGACACAGGCUGAUCAUGAUGCAGAUAAGCGAGACAGUGGAUUUGGGGAAGGGAGUGAUGGCAGCAAUAAAGAGCAGGAGGGAGAUUAUGUCCUAUACAAGGGCAGGCCUCACGAGAAGGGUAAGCGAAGAAAUGACUAUCCCAAGGAGUAUGAACUGGCUGGGAAGUUAGAACAAGAGAAAGAUAAAGCUGUUCAGGAAGAACGAGACAGGACGAAGAAGAGGCAACAGAAAAUGAUGGAAACAGAACGAAGGGCCUUAGAUGAAGAGAGACGGAAGAGAGGUUUAGUUCCCAACAAACCAGAAGAUCCUUUCAAGAGGAUAAAGGAACAGAAGGAGAAGGAAAAAGAGGAAGCAAGAAAGAAGAAGGAGGAAGAGAGGCUAAAGAAAUUGGAGGAGGAAGAAAAGGAAAAGCAGAGGAAAGAACAGGAAGCCAGAGAAAAGGCCAUCCAGGCUGCCAGAGAAAGACAGGCAGCUGCUGAGAAAGCAGAGAGAGAAAAGGCAGAGAAGGAAAAGGCAGAGAGAGAGAAGAUGGAAAAGGAAAACAAAGAAAAGGCUGAUAAAGAAAAGGAGAUUAAAGAUGCUGCUAACAAAGACAAAACUCCAAGAGAUCAAAAGACAGAAGCUGUCAAUAAGGAAAAGACUCCCAGGGAUCAAAAGUCAACCAAGGAGAAAACAGAUCCAGCCUUAAAGGACAAAGAAAAAGAGAAAGCAGAGAAAAAGCGAAAAUCAAAAUCCAAGAUUGUACGCAAAUCUAAAAUGGAGCGGCAAGUGAGCAGUGAUGAACACGUCACUAAUAAAUACGACUUAGGUCGAACUCUGGGUGAUGGGAACUUUGCUAUUGUGAGACAGUCUAAGUUAAAGUCAGGUGGAGGUGAAUUUGCCAUGAAAGUGAUAGAUAAGCCCAAACUAAAAGGCAAAGAACACAUGGUGGAGAAUGAAAUAGAGAUUAUGAAGGACUGUCACCAUCACAAUAUUGUGAAGUUGUAUGAGGAAUAUGAAACGUCAGACAAAAUCUACCUAGUCAUGGAGCUCGUCAAAGGUGGAGACCUGUUUGAUGCCAUCACUCAGAGUGUGAAGUUUGGAGAAGUGGAUGCUGCUCACAUGGUCAAAGAUUUGUGUAACGCUCUUUUCUACCUCCACUCUCGCUCCAUAGUCCACCGUGACCUCAAACCAGAGAACCUUCUUGUACACAGGAACAAGGAUGGUUCUAUAUCUUUGAAACUGGCAGACUUUGGAUUAGCUAUGGAUGUAAAGGAACCUAUUUACACAGUGUGUGGAACACCAACAUAUGUAGCCCCCGAGAUCCUGUCAGAAAUAGGCUAUGGAUUGGAAGUAGACAUGUGGGCUGUAGGGGUCAUUACAUACAUCUUGCUGUGUGGAUUCCCUCCCUUCAGAAGUCCAGAUAGAAACCAGACUGAAUUAUUCGAGUUCAUCAAAGCCGGGGAAUAUGAAUUCCUAAGUCCAUACUGGGACAACAUCUCACCAUAUGCCAAAGAUCUGAUAGAGCACUUAUUAGUAGUGGACAAGAAGAAGCGCUACACAGCCAUAGAAACACUCUCUCAUCCCUGGAUUUUAUGCAAUGGUGACAUGUCACGGCCACCAGAUGCCACAAAACUGGAGGAAAUGCGGAAGAAUACACGUAAAGAACUAGAACUGCAGGCAAAGCAAAACUAUGACUCUUACCAAAAACUCAAAGAGAAACGAAAGCAGGAACAGCAGGCAGGGUCGUGAUCCCUGACCUACAACUACCAUAGUGAUGACUGCAGUGAUGUGUAGCCAUAGCAUCAGAAGUUUGUAGAAAAUCAUUGAUUUUUUCACUGUGCCAACUGCUGUCAAAGUAUUCAUAUAAAGGACAGCAAACUUAUAUUUCCUGUUUGUGGACAUUUUUAUAACAAAAUUUGAUGACUUUUAAAAGUUUUUUUUGUUGAGAUUUUGCAUCGGGUGUAGCAUUGAUACUAGUUUGAGAAAUAUUACUUUGUAUAUACUUUUUAAAAAAAGAUUCCCUUUAUACUGAGAAGGGCUGUGCUAAAUAUAAUUUGUUUUUAUUGAAUUUGAUAUUUUUUAUGUCAGUUAUUUUAUCAAAUGUAGGUCUGUGAUAUGGGAGAAUAAUUGUGUUUUCAAUGUUUGUUUGAAUAGAUGGUGGAAGUGUGUAUCUUUUCCAGACUUAUUUCUUGCAAGUAGAUUUCUACACUUAGUGAAAGUUGAAAGGUUUUAAGUUUGAUUACUGCUAUUUUCAUACAUUGUCUGUUUGAAAUAUGAUAUUAAUUUAAAUUACACAUUUUUGGUAAACUGUUGGGAAAGAGCAGAAUCUGAGAUAGAAUAGAUGAAAAAAAAAUUCAGAAUGAUUUUUUUAAUUCAUUUGUAUUCAGAAAUAGAAAUUUAUUAACAUAGUUUUGGUAAAAAUGAGUGCAACUGAAUAUGAUAUGUAUGUCAUAUAUAUUUUAUGAGGAUAAAUCUUUAUAUAUUUAUGUAACUUUUCAAAGUCAGAAUUAUUUUAUAUAUGUACUAUUUUUAUUAAGUCCGUCCGCAUUAACUUGUUAAAUGUGUGGUGUUUUCAGCCAGUUGUUAUGUUUUUGUUACCUGUUUUUUUUUUUUUUUUUUUUUUUUUAGUUUCUGUAUACUACAAAGGUCCACAAUGGCCCUCUAUUUUCCCUCUGUUGGUACCGUCCAAGUUAAGUAGUAAACUUGCUAUAAAGGUAUUUUUCAUUGACAUUUUUGUGACACAUAUUGUUGCAUAUUUAUUUUAAUUUUUUUUUUCUCACUAAAUAAGUUCCCCCCCUAAUCAGAGAUAUAUCUGGAACUAUUUGCUACAGUAGAGUGUACAGUUGUCUCCCCUGAAUUGAACUGUGAUAUAUUUCAAACUGACCAUCUUAAUAUGUUGUUAUUAUUAGCAUUAUAAAAUAUGUUAUCAAAAGCUACCAUAAAUGAGGACUUUAUAUAUAUGUUACAUAGCAGCUAUGCUGUUCUAAUUUUCACUGUGUAUAUUCACAUGAUGCUUUUUUAAUGUCCUAAUUUUUUUUCCUUUCUUGGAUUCAGACAGUACCAACUGUAAAAGUUUUUUUUUUAAAUCUAGAUAGGCAGGGGUAAAUAUUUGACUUGCAUGUUAUUGAAGUAGCAAGUAAUUCCACCUCUGAAUAGCUUUGACAUAUACUGUAUAAACUUUCUAGAUAGAAUUGGGAUUUCAGCAUUAAAAUAUUUAAACCUGUUAUUCAAGUAAAUUAAUUGUUACAGAUUAAAUUUAUAUUUAUCCUAGAUUUAUACAUAAACAAUAAAUGAAGAGACAUGUAUGCUCAUAUACCCAUACAUUUUUAUAAACGAUUCAUUGCUAAAUUAAGAAACAUUUUCAACGCAGUCUAUAUCAUUUAUAAACUUAAAGUAAAUGGAUUGUAUCAGAUAUUGAUUUAUCAUUUAUUAGUUAAAGAUAAGGUUCAACAUAUUCAUAGCUUAAAUUUGAUUAUUGGAACUCUUCUAAUAGAAUUUUCAUUUUCUUUAGCCAAGCAAUACUUGCAGACAUAUUCUACAUGAAAUAAUAAAAACCAACUAUUGCCAUCUUUUCGACAUUCCAAUGUUAACUUUCUCACAUGUGAUAUGUAUAUUUCAUGUUAUGAAAUAAAUCCUCUAUAUAUCAUUACAA